AUGGAUCCCGUUCUGAUUGUAGGAGCCGGCAUCGUCGGACUCACUCUCGGUCAGGCUCUUCAGAAGGUCAACAUCCCCUUCCGCAUUUACGAACGUGAUACAUCGCCCGAUGCUCGCGGGCAAGGAUGGGCCAUCACCCUGCACUGGGCCCUGGAGUAUAUCCAGCAGAUCUUGCCCGAUGACACCUUACACACUAUUCAAGCCGUGCAGGUCGACCCCCAAGUCGCCCAGCAUGAUAACGGGAACUUCCUCUUCAUUGACCUUGCGACAGGCGAGCCCAAGUUCAAGAUUCCCCCCAGCGCCCGCUGGCGGGUCAACCGGGAGAAGAUGCGCGCCGCGUUGCUUCGGGCGGUUGAUGUGGAAGUGACCAGUGCGUCCGCUCCUCCGUGUCUGGUCCUUGCAGAUGGCACUCGAGUGUCCGGAAGAUUCGUCAUCGGGGUCGAAGGCAGUCGAUCUCUGGUGCGACGAGUCCUGCGACCCGAUGCAUGUAGCAACUCGGUCCUUCCUAUCCGAUUCACAGGAGUAGCAGUGGAUCUGUCUCCGCAGGAAAUCCAACCCUUGCGAUCAAUGGAUCCGCUGCUAUUUCAGGGCUGCCACCCCAGCACGGGCGUGUUCUUCUGGUUUUCCUUGCUCGAGACGCCCCAGGGUAAUGGCACGCAGGGAAGGCCUCAUGAACAUUUUCGGGCUCAGAUCUGCAUGUCGUGGCCGGUGAACAGCGAGGCCGAUGAAGUAGCAGCCACCGAUGCGGAGCGGUUGGAAAAUAUGAAGCGACGGUCCGUCGGAUUUGUGCCGUUUCUGCGGUCGGUCGUCGAAGGCAUUCCCCCAGCCACGCCGGUUUUGGAAAUCCAACUGGCGGAUUGGGAGUGUUUGGACUGGGACAACCGUGACGGUCGUGUCACUCUGGCCGGAGAUGCAGCCCACGCCAUGACGAUGUGUCGGGGAGAAGCCGCCAAUCAUGGACUGUUAGACGCCUUCCACCUCUUCCAGGCCUUGCGACAAAUGUACACGGGUGCCAAAGGUGCCAAAGAGGCGUUGGAUGAAUAUGAGGCGGAAAUGCGAUCACGCACUCGACGCGCUGUCCGGCUGAGUCGACAGGCCUGCCACGAUGCGCACGCAUGGGAACGGCUGAAUGAGCACUCGGCCAUCUUAACCAAGAGGGCUGUCACGGGCGAGGCUUAG